AUGUUUGGUGCCUUCAGAAGCUCCCUUGUGGCGUAUGGAGGGUACUUGUGGAAAAAAGCACCUAGGCUCUCGCAGCCCCAAAAACAGAGACUUAGAAGACGCAUGCAGCUAGUCGACCAUAACAUCGAGGUGCUUUACCAGUCGUUGAAGCAGGACAACUCUGUAUCUACAGGUUACAAGAAGAUCGAUGCGUUAAAGUUUGAAUUCCCCAAAGAGAAUGAAAUGCUGCCCAGAGAUAAGUACACCACAUUUGACAAGAAGGUGCGUGGCUACAGAAAGCUGGUGCACUUUGUACCCAAGUGGACCAAGAAGUCUUUCAGAGAAAAUCCCAAGUAUUUCUAG